ACUUGCCACCUGGGUACACAUACCCUGCCAUCGUCAUAGGCUACCGGGGCGGCCCCUCCCCUCAUGAAGGCCCAUUGGCCGAGCCUGCCGACCUGGAGGCGGUACAGGUGGAGCCCCUGGAUCCGGCCCCACCUCCUGCAUCCACGUUGGCAGAGGAGGUUGAGCGUGCCACAGCAGCUGGGGUGGACCUGGAGCAACAGGAGGCAGAGGCAGAGCAGCCUGGGGAAGUGGAGGUCAGUGUCAUGCCUCAGCCAGAACCAGAUGAGCUGUUCAGAGGCUGCCGUUUGGCAGAGGGGCCGGUCCAUGAGGAGCUUACUGCUUUAGACAAGGCCCAGAGCGUCACCCCCUACCAAGAAGGGGAGGUUAUGCAAGUGGACCCAAGUGAGGAUGCAGCAACCCAGGAAGGAGUAGAGGAAGGAUGGCAAGUGGUCACCUAUGGCCAUGUGGACCCCGACCAUUGUGCAGAAGGAUGCAUGCUUGGGGAGUCCAGGGCGGUGUCCCCUGACUUGGGCUGCGUUCCUGCCUGCACCCCCCCCUCCCCUGUGAUGGGGUCCCCCCAAGCCUCCUUCCUCAGCUGCUGGAGCCUGGAGCUGCUAAUUGCCGCUGCCUUCUGUGCUGGUGGGGACACGCCUCCUCCUGCCCCUGUGGCCCUGCCCUGCCCACGCAGCCGCGGCAUGGAGCUACUGAGUGAGCUGGCGGAACUGGAGUCAUGGCAGUGGGACCGGGACAGUCAUGAGGAGUAUCCAUCAACCCCCGGCCUCCAUAAUCUCGCCACCUUGGCUACCGCCCGUGCCCUGGAGGUGGUGCCCCAGGGGGAUGUGGAAGCCGGAGCAGAGCCCUCUGCCCGCAGGACCCUCAAUCUGCGCAGAAAGUGCACCUGGACCCCUCGACACGAGCCGGUCUGCCCAGUGAAGGGUGCCAUGGAGACCAUGGGGGCGCAGGAACUGGCCAUGCGUGUGCGAUUGGCAGAACUGCAACGGCGCUAUAAGGAGAAGCAGAGGGAGCUGGUGAAGCUGCAGAGGAAGCAGGAACAGAACAUUGAGGAGAUUCCUCGCAGCCCUGCCCGUCGAGGACCUGGACGGCCACGAAAACGCAAGUCCACCCUUGGUACAGGCCAUCAGGCUCUGACAGAGGCCCCGCGCAACAUCAGGUCUCUGGGGGCGGGGCUCAGUCUGCAGCCUGAGAUCCUGAUUGGCUGUGGAGAGGUGCACCUCAAAAAGAAGAAGCUGUCCAACCAGAGUUUUGAGCGUCUCGGUGCCACACAGAUUAAGGCACGAUGCUGCAAGCCCGGGGUGCGGGCAGCGACGUUUAGCUCCAAGCUGGUCCACGGCGUGUCCCAGCAGAAGCAGAAGACCAAAGCAUCGCGGGGGGGCUCUCUAGCCUUGGGCCGCAGGCUCGCCCCGGGAGGCCACCCAUUACUUAGCACUGCCAGGUCUAGCAAUGACUCAGAUGAACACAGUGACACAGGUGAGCAACAGCGUCCAGCAUCUUAA